GGAUGACAAAUCGCUCUAAAAUGUUAUUUCUUGAAGAUAUAAGACAUAAAAGUGUUAUUUAAAUCGGCGGGCCGAAAUAUUCACGACGGCUUACGUUUAGUAAACAGAGCCAUGGCCGAUCAUCAUGUGGAUGAACCGCCUAAUAAGCGGCCAAAGAUGAUCCGGGACCCUUUUCAGGGUCCCUCGGACACCUCAGUAGACGGGUUUUCGAACAUGGACAUGUUCGAUCUCGAAAAGGACCUCCCCGAUGAAUUGAUGGGGGGUUCGUGGGGCGAACAGCCCGGUGUCACAGGCCCAAAACCCCCGGCCCAAGGCCCCGGCCCUGGGGGGCAAAUGGGCCAGCAGCAACUCAAUGGAGACGACCCUACUGCUGCAAUGCAGAGACAAAUUAACAAUCACCUCAUACAGGUCUUUUCACAGGGCAACAAGGGUGGCUUAGUUGGCCACAACAACCCUUUAGGAUUGAGUAGUUUAGGUAGUAAGAGUCCUAACUUACAAUCACCACCUAAUGUGUCCGUCUCCAAGGACAUUAUGGGUGGCAUGCUUCAGCAACUUAUACCAAAUACGAGUCAUCCAAAUCAAAUGCACCCAUCAAUGCCAAUGAGCUCCAUACAAGGUGGUAUGAACGUGGCGAACGUUGGCAAUAUGGUUGUAACAAACAGCAACAUGACGGGGCCGAGCAUGCUCGGCGGAGGGAUAAUUAACAACGUGAACAAGCAGCUGCCCACGCUUAUGGGCAACAACCAUCAUGGAACGCCGCCCCAUCAUCCGCACGCACAGGACACGACAUCACGAUAUCGCGUUUCACAGGCGAUGCAAAACGGUCCUCUCGGCGGCCGGGUCGGGGGAGUCGGGGGAGUCGGCGUGGGCGUGGGCAUGCAAGCGCCGAGCAUGCGCGGAGGGCUCGCGCACGGACACGCGGCGCACGGCGGACACGCCGCGCACGGCGCGCACGCGGGCCACGGCGCGCACGCGCGCAUGGGCGCGCCCGGCGGCGGCGGCCACCCGCUCGCGCCCUACCACCCCGCCUACGGGCAGCCGGCGGCGGGCGGCGCGGCGCAGCGCGCGGCCGGCGUGCGCUUCGGACCGCCUCCCGAAGCCGGGGGCGGCGCCGCGCAGGCCGUGCCGCCCGCGCCGUCGCCACAGACACCCGGCGCGCCGGCUGGCGGACAGUCGCAGCCGCAAGCGGCCACGCAGUCCGCGUCAUCGCAACCCCCGCAGCAGCCCAACACGGGCUCCAUCGCGGACCCGGAGAAGCGCAAGCUGAUCCAGCAGCAGCUCGUGCUCCUGCUGCACGCCCACAAGUGCCAGCGCCGCGAGAGCCAGUCCAACGGCGAGACGUGGCAGUGCACGCUGCCGCACUGCAAGACCAUGAAGAGCGUGCUCAACCACAUGAUGUCGUGUCAGGCUGGAAAAAACUGUGGUGUUCCUCAUUGUUCAUCAUCAAGACAAAUCAUUAACCACUGGAAACAUUGUAUAAAAAAUGACUGUCCUGUAUGUUUACCUCUCAAACAAGCAGAUAGGACUAGAACUAACCCUAUGAACGCGGCUGCCGUUUCCCACUCGAGCACGGGCGUAGGCUCUGUGGGCAGCGUCGGCACAGCGGGAGGUGGCGUGGGCGUGGGUGUGGGCGUGGGUUCCAUCAGCGUUAACGUGGCCUCCGCGCCCGCACCCAACGCACUGCCCACCGUCAACCCACUGGCCGGUGAUGUGUAUGCUUCCAUAGAAACUGAGGUAGAUCUACAAGAAUUGGUUCUAUCUUCCAUUAAAAAUGAUGUUCAAGACAACGAGAAGGAUAUAGAAAAUGACGAACAGUUAAACAAAUUACAGAAUUCAAACGUACCCGUUAUUACUGACGAUACAGACGAAUCCAAAAAGAUGGGCAUUGAUGAAAAAAUACAACAAUCGGCCAAUGCAAAUAUUGAUUUAGGAAAAGCUGAGAGUUUGAAGGUUAUGUGCUUUAGAGUACCUGAAGUUAAUAGAGGACGUGCAGAACCCAGGAAUGUUAUGCGUGUUGUUAUGAGCAUUAAUCCAUCAGGUCUCUACCAGUUAGGAAACAAGGAAGGCGGAGUUUCGUCGGCGUCGGCGCCGCCCGGUAACGCCGUCGGAGGAGGAGUGGGCGCCGUGGGCGGCGUUGGCUCCGUGGGCUCCGUGGGCUCCGUGGGCUCGGUAGGGUCCGUGGGCACGGGCGCGGACAUGAAGCGCGCAUACGAGGCGCUCGGUAUCGCGUGCCCCACGUCCGUCGCGGGCAUGGUGGGCGGGUUUGCGCGCGCGCCGCUCCCGCGCAUGAAUGCGCCCCGCCCGCCCUCGCUGUCAGAUGUCUUGCCGCAGCAGCCGCAAAUGCAACAGCUGUUUGCGCACCAGUCGCAACCCGACUUGCAGCAGCAGCAAUCGCAACAGCAGCAACUCAUGGGCACGGGGACCCUUCAACUACCUGGCGGACCCGUCACGGCUAAUCCCGUUUCUGGUACGAAGGAGUGGCACCAGUCUAUAACACCUGAUCUCAGAAACCAUCUUGUUCAUAAACUGGUGCAAGCCAUUUUUCCUACACCAGACCCAACUGCAAUGCAAGACAAAAGAAUGCAUAAUCUAGUCGCCUAUGCAAGAAAAGUAGAAGGUGACAUGUACGAAAUGGCGAGUACUCGAUCUGAAUACUACCAUCUACUUGCCGAGAAAAUAUAUAAAAUACAAAAAGAGUUAGAAGAGAAACGCCAAAAGAGAAAAGAGCAGCAGCAACAGUUACAGGCGCAGCAGGCUCAACAGCAACAACAGCAGCAGCAACAAAAUCAACUUCAACAGCAGCAACAACCUGGAGGAGUUUUACCUGGUAGUGGAGUCAUGGGCGGCGUUCGGCCUACCGCCCCCGGCGUGGGCGUGGGCGUGGGCGUAGGAGUCGGAGGAGUGGCAGUAGGCGGUGGCGUGGGCCGACCGAAUUUACCCACUCAGCCUGGAUUGUCCGCAAUGCGUAUUCCCUCGCCUGGCAUGCCACUUACUAUGCAAGGAAACCGUAUGGCAUACCAGUCUAAUCUCGUAGGCCCACCUGGACCUAGCCCAAAUCAGAUGCCUCACACACCGAACGGCGGAAGCGUCGGAGGCGUCGGCAGCGUCAGCAAUCCCGGCAUGUCUCCUUUCGGGCAACCGAUGACGUCGCCUGCUCCACAGUACCCGCUGCAGAGCAACGGCCCCGCCGCGCUGCCGUCCCCCGGGCACGUGAGCGGCGACGCCAAGGCGCGCUCCGCCGGCGGGCCCGUCGCCAGCCCGUUCAUGAACCACAGCGCGUUCCGCAGCGAGGCGGGCGCGUCGUCCCCGGCGGCGGGCGCCGGCGCCACGACCCCGGCCACGCCGCUCGCGCACGCCAGCCCCGCGCCCGAGCCGCGCCCCGCCGCCGCGCCCGUGUCCGCGCAGAUGGCGGCGCUGCAGGCCGCGCCCGCCGACGACAGCCCGGAGCCCAAGCGCGAGCCCGACGACGUGCGCGUCAAGGAGGAGCCCGAGGACCCCGACUGCGGCGGCAAGGGCAUGCGCGACGAGCCGCCGCGCGACAAAGAGCAAGGCCUCGAGCGGCUCGACGCGUUCGUGAAGCAGGAGGUGAAGCGGGAGAUCAAGCGCGAGAUCAAGGAGGAGCCGGCGGAGGCGCCGCCCGCGGACGCGGCCGAGCGCGGGCCCAAGAAGACCUUCGUGUUCAAGCCGGAGGAGCUGCGCCAGGCGCUGCUGCCGACGCUCGAGAAACUGUUCCGCCUCGACCCCGAGUCCGUACCCUUCCGCCAGCCCGUGGACGCCACGGCGCUGGGCAUCCCCGACUACUUCGACAUCGUGACGAAGCCCAUAGAUCUCUCGACCAUCAAGAUGAAGCUGGACCGCGGCCAGUACAAGGACCCGUGGGAGUACGUGGACGACGUGUGGCUCAUGUUCGAGAACGCUUGGCUCUAUAACCGCAAGAAUUCCCGAGUUUAUAGAUAUUGUACCAAGUUAUCGGAAGUGUUUGAGGUAGAAAUAGACCCAGUAAUGCAGAGCCUGGGUUACUGUUGUGGACGCAAGUACACAUUCAAUCCUCAAGUGUUGUGCUGCUAUGGCAAACAGCUCUGUACUAUUCCUCGUGACGCCAAAUACUUCAGCUAUCAGAACAGUCUAAAAGCGUAUGGGGUUGUGUCCGAUAGAUACACCUUCUGCCAGAAGUGCUUCAACGACAUCCAGGGCGACACCGUCACGCUGGGCGACGACCCGCUGCAGCCCCAGACAGCGAUCAAGAAGGAUCAGUUUAAAGAAAUGAAAAAUGAUCAUUUAGAACAAGAACCGUUUGUACUCUGUAUGGAUUGUGGUAGGAAACAACACCAGAUAUGUGUGUUGCAUCACGAUCAAAUAUGGCCUCAAGGCUUUUGCUGUGAUAAUUGUUUGAAAAAGAAAGGGGCGAAGCGGAAAGACAACAAAUUUAGUGCUAAGAAACUGCCUACUUCUAAGCUCGGCAUUUAUAUUGAGACUAGAGUUAAUAAUUUCCUUAAGAAAAAAGAGGCUGGCGCCGGCGAAGUGCAUAUCAGGGUGGUCGCAUCGUCCGAUAAGAUGGUAGAAGUUAAACCGGGUAUGAAAUCGAGAUUCGUCGAAUCUGGGGAGCUAUGUGCUGAAUUCCCGUAUCGGGCUAAAGCACUGUUUGCAUUUGAGGAAGUCGAUGGAGCUGAUAUUUGUUUUUUCGGAAUGCAUGUGCAAGAGUAUGGUAGCGAAAGUCCAUCGCCCAACACGAGGCGAGUUUAUAUAGCAUAUUUAGACUCAGUACAUUUCUUCCAACCCAGGCAAUAUAGAACUGCCGUGUAUCACGAGAUUUUAUUAGGAUAUUUGGAUUAUGCUAAGCAAUUGGGUUAUACUAUGGCUCACAUCUGGGCUUGUCCGCCGUCAGAAGGCGAUGACUACAUAUUUCACUGCCAUCCGCCUGAACAAAAAAUACCUAAGCCUAAAAGGCUGCAAGAGUGGUAUAAGAAAAUGUUAGACAAAGGUAUAAUAGAAAGGAUAAUAUUAGAUUACAAAGAUAUUCUUAAGCAAGCAAUGGAGGACAAUAUCUCGUCAGCUGCUGAACUGCCUUAUUUCGAGGGUGAUUUCUGGCCCAAUGUUCUAGAAGAAUCUAUUAAGGAGUUGGAUCAAGAAGAGGAGGAGAAGAGAAAGCAAGCUGAAGCCGCUGAGGCAGUGAUAUUCCAGUCUUCCGAAGAAAAUGAACAAGGGCCUGAUGGAAAGAAGAAGGGACAAAAGAAAGCAAAGAAAUCAAAUAAAUCAAAGGCCGCCCAAAGAAAAAAUAGUAAGAAGCAGAGCGAUCAGCAACAAGGCAGUGAUCUCAGUGCAAAAAUUUUUGCAACAAUGGAGAAGCACAAAGAAGUGUUCUUCGUUAUUAGGCUACAUUCCGCACAGUCUGCCGCUAGUUUAGCUCCAAUUCAAGAUCCGGAUCCUCUAGUAAAUUGCGACCUAAUGGAUGGUCGCGAUGCUUUCCUAACAAUGGCCCGAGAUCGCCACUACGAGUUCUCGUCGACGCGAAGAGCGAGAUUCUCUACGCUCUGCAUGCUUUACGAACUCCACAACCAAGGCCAGGACAAAUUCGUGUACACAUGCAACAGCUGCAAGUCGCACGUGGAGACUCGGUACCACUGCACCGUGUGCGACGACUUCGACUUGUGCGUGCCAUGCUACGAUAAGGAGGGCCACCCGCACAAGAUGGAAAAGCUCGGCCUCGACCUCGACGUGGGCUCGUCGCCGGGCGACAUGAAGCAGGCCAACCCGCAAGAGGCGCGCAAGCUGUCCAUCCAGCGCUGCAUUCAGUCGCUGGUGCACGCCUGCCAGUGCCGCGACGCCAACUGCCGCCUUCCCUCGUGCCAGAAGAUGAAGCGCGUCGUCACCCAUACGAAGGUCUGCAAGCGCAAGACGAAGGGCGACUGUCCGAUCUGCAAGCAGCUCAUAGCGCUCUGCUGCUAUCACGCCAAGCACUGCCAAGAGAUGAAGUGCUCGGUGCCGUUCUGCAGCAGUAUCAAACAGAAGCUGAAGCAGCAGCAAGUGCAGCAGCGCGUGCAGCAGCAGCAGCUGCUGCGGCGGCGCAUGGCGGCGAUGAACACGCGCGGCGGAGCGACGGGCGGCGCGUCGCCGCCCCCGCAGCCCGCGCCCGCGCUCGCCUCGCCGCCUCCCGCCAAGCCCUCUGCGCACGCGCUGCCGCACAACGUGCAGAAGGCUUUGCAGCAGGUCCAGGAGGAGGCGGCGCGACAACAGGCGCCAUCCUACGGCAAACAAGCGGCGAUGGGCCCGCCGGGCGGCGUGAGCGUGGGCGUGGGAGUGGGCGCGGGGGUCCGCGGCGGGGACUGGGGCGCGAGAUACCGCACGCCGCCGCCCCUGCACCACGCGCCGCACCACCGCCUGCCGCACCACGCGCCCGCGCCGCUGGCGCAGCACGCGCCGCUGCCGCACCACCCGCAGCACCCGCAGCACGCCCAACACCCGCAGCAUCCGCAGCACGCGCAGCACACGCCUCACGCGCAGCACGCGCCCUCCGCCAUACAGCAGAGAGCUGGUGCGCCUCAGCAGCAGCAGCAACCACCAAUGCACCACAAAGCGUUACAGCAACUAAUGGCCACACUGCGGUCGCCUGCCAGUCACAACCAGCAGCAAGAGAUACUGCAAAUCCUCAAGUCGAAUCCGCCUCUCAUGGCUGCUUUCAUCAAGCAGAGAGCACAGAAUGCUCAAAACCAGCAACAGACUGGUGGCGGCGUCGUUGGCAAUGUUGGUGUCGGAAACGUCGGCGUCGGCGGCGUCGGUAACGUCAAUGUUGGCCUCGGCACCGGUGUACCUCAGCAGCAGCAACAAAUUCAACACAUGAUGCCACAGCCGCAGCAACAGCAGCGGUUGCAACAGAUGCAUCAAAUGAUACCCCAGCAGCCACAGGUGGGAGGCGUUUCUGGCGUGGGUGGCGUCGGCGGCGUCCCGGGCGUCGGGCUCGGAGGCGUCGGCGGCAUGUCAGGUGGAGCGCCCGGUGGCUGGUUCAAGCAGGGCGGGCCCGCGGGCGCGGUCGGCGGCGUCGGCGGCGGCAUGAUGGGUAUGAGGGGCGCGUACGCGGCAGGCGGCGCGGCGCCGCGGCUGGGCGCGCGCUACUUCCCCGGCGGCGGCGUGGGCGCGGUGGGCGGCGUGGGCGCCGUGGGCGGCGUGCUGCAGCGCUCGCCGCCCGCCACGCCGUCGCCGCGCCCGCCCACGCCCUCCGAGCUGCUGAUGAUGCGCCAGUCCCCCGCGCCGCCCGCGCCGCACGCGCCGCCCGACGACCAGCUGCCGCCCAUGACGCCGCAGGACCAGCUCACCAAGUUCGUGGAGCAGUUGUAGUGUACAUAGCCCCGGCGCGCCCGGUCGCCCUGUAAUAUAUAAGCUACCGCGGCCCCGCGCCCCCCUCCCCGCACUAUUUAUUGUCGAAGGUAUCGUGUAGCGACGCGAAGGACGUAUAUUAGUAUUACGAUGAACGAAUCGAGCGCUCAAUGUACAAAAUGUAAAUAUGAAAGAGAGUACAUCCUGUCCGCUUUUGCGUAAUGUAAGUUGUUCGUAGUGUAGGUACAUUAUGAUACUUAUCUGUUUAUUGUAAUUAAAUCAUUUUAUAAUAUAAUUAUGUGAUGAUUAUAAA